AUGCCGAAAGGGAGGCAGAGAAGGCCACACUCGGAUGCCCCCCUGGGCCUGCCCACAGGCCUCUGGCUGGAGUUAGCUGGGCUCUUCCUACUGCUUCCCUGGGUUAUGGGCCUGGUGGGGGCAGGUGGGCUCAGGACCCAGGGCCCAGGGGGGCUAAGCUGGGCAGUGUGUCUGGACGGUCCGGAAGGCAAGGGGGCAGAGGAGUCAUUGGAGCGGCGGGCAGAGGCUCUGGCCCAGGCGACGGGGCUGAUGAACGCAGGGCGCAUCGGGGAGCUUCAGGGGCACUACCUCUUGGUCCAGCCGGUGGGGCGUCGCCAGGCCCGGCAGGCCGAGGCCAUCCGGCAGCAGGUGGAAGCCGUGCUGGCUGGGCACGAGGCUGUGCGCUGGCACGCAGAGCAGAGACUACUCAAGCGGACCAAGCGCAGCGUCCACUUCAACGACCCCAAGUACCCGCAGCAGUGGCACCUGAAUAACCGGCGGAGCCCUGGCAGGGACAUCAAUGUGACGGGUGUCUGGGAGCGCAAUGUCACCGGGCGUGGGGUGACCGUGGUGGUCGUGGACGACGGCGUGGAGCACACCAUCCAGGACAUCGCACCCAACUACAGCCCUGAGGGCAGCUAUGACCUCAACUCUAACGACCCUGACCCCAUGCCCCACCCGGACGUGGAGAAUGGCAAUCACCAUGGCACGCGCUGCGCGGGCGAGAUUGCCGCUGUGCCCAACAACAGCUUCUGUGCCGUGGGAGUGGCGUUUGGGAGCCGCAUAGCAGGUAUCCGGGUGCUGGAUGGACCCCUGACAGACAGCAUGGAGGCCGUGGCGUUCAACAAGCACUAUCAGAUCAACGACAUCUACAGCUGCAGCUGGGGACCAGACGAUGACGGGAAGACGGUGGACGGCCCCCACCAGCUGGGGAAGGCUGCCUUGCAGCAUGGGGUGAUCGCUGGCCGCCAGGGCUUUGGGAGCAUCUUUGUGGUGGCCAGUGGCAAUGGGGGCCAGCACAACGACAACUGCAACUACGAUGGCUACGCCAACUCCAUCUACACCGUCACCAUAGGCGCUGUGGAUGAGGAGGGCCGAAUGCCUUUCUAUGCCGAGGAGUGUGCCUCCAUGCUGGCAGUCACCUUCAGCGGAGGGGACAAGAUGCUCCGGAGCAUCGUGACCACUGACUGGGACCUUCAGAAGGGCACCGGCUGCACGGAGGGCCACACGGGGACCUCAGCCGCCGCGCCCCUGGCUGCUGGCAUGAUAGCCCUGAUGCUGCAGGUGCGGCCCUGCCUCACGUGGCGUGACGUCCAGCACAUCAUUGUCUUCACGGCCACCCGGUACGAGGACCACCGCGCAGACUGGAUCACCAACGAGGCCGGCUUCAGCCACAGCCACCAGCAUGGAUUCGGCCUGCUCAAUGCUUGGAGACUCGUGAACGCCGCCAAGGUCUGGACAUCUGUCCCUUACUUAGCUUCCUACGUCAGCCCUGUAUUGAAAGAGAACAAGGCGAUCCCGCUGUCCGCCCGCCCCCUGGAGGUGCUGUGGAAUGUCAGCAGGACGGACCUGGACAUGUCGGGGCUGAAGACCCUGGAGCACGUGGCUGUGACAGUCUCUAUCACCCACCCACGACGCGGCAGCUUGGAACUGAAGCUCUUUUGCCCCAGUGGCAUGAUGUCCCUUAUCGGCGCCCCCCGCAUCUUGGACUCGGAUCCCAACGGCUUCAAUGACUGGACCUUCUCCACCGUGAGGUGCUGGGGGGAGAGGGCGAAAGGGACCUACAGACUCGUCAUCAGGGAUGUAGGAGACGAGAUGCCCCAGGCCGGCGUCCUCCAGCAAUGGCAGCUCAGCCUGUAUGGCUCUGUAUGGAGUCCGGUAGACAUCAGAGACAGACAGAGGCUACUAGAAAGUGCCAUGAGUGGAAAAUACCUCCACGACGGCUUCACGCUGCCCUGCCCACCCGGGCUGAACAUCCCCGAGGAAGACGGUUACACCAUCACCCCCAACACUCUCAAGACCCUGGUGCUGAUUGGCUGCUUCACAGUCUUCUGGACCAUUUACUACAUGCUGGAAGUAUACUUGAGCCAGAGGAACGUGGCCUUUCGCCCGAUUUGUCGAGGUGGACCGUGCCACUGGCCCCAGCGAAGCCAGAAAGCCAAGGAGGAGGGGACAGAACUAGAAUCAGUUCCCCUUUGCAGUAGCCAGGAUCCAGGCAGAGCGGGGCUGGAGAGCGAGGGCGCUCCCGCCACCUCAGGGCUCCACGCCCCGGACCUGCUGGACCAGGGGGACUGGAACCUGUCCCAGAGCAGGGGUGCCCUGGAUGUCCCUCAGCUCCUGCCCCCAGACCUGCUGCAGGGGAAGGAGGCGCAGAUGUGCUGA